UUCACUUCAAGGCAGAAAUAGUAGAGGAGUACACAUCUAAACGAAUUAAUCGAAAUACUCAAAAAUACAAAACCAUUCAUCAUGGCCGGACGCAGGUUAUUCUACAUUAAGAGCGUGUUGAACCCCGAGAAUGUGAUGGACGUAAAACAUGGCAGUAAGGACGCCGGCACCAGGAUCGUCAUGUACAACCAGAAAAAGUACAACAACGACAACCAACUCUUCUAUGAGGAAAAUGGAACCAUCAGGUCUUUGCUCACAGGAUUUUGCCUGGAUAUUGAUGGUGAGGGAAAGUUGUGCGUAAAUCCGGACAAUGGAGGUCCUAUGCAAGGUUGGCUCUUGGUAGAUCAGACAGUACAGAACACCGAUCAAACUAAUCUUUGCCUCGACAUUGAGGGUAACAACCCCGAUGAGUGGGCCGAGGUAGUCGCCUAUGACUACAACGGAGGGCAAAACCAAAAAUGGGAAUUCGACACAUGGGCACCCGCCGGGGGAUUGUUCUUCAUUAAGAGUGAACUAAACGGUCUGGUAAUGGACGUCUCUGGGAGCUCAACCUCUUCUGGCACAGAAGUGGUCACCUGGGAACAGAAGACAGACCAGGGUGAUAAGGAAGACUGGGCUAACCAACUCUUCUGGGAGGACGUAGAGUCCCAGACAAUUAGGUCCGCUCUAACUGGAUACUGCCUGGAUAUGUCAGCAGAGGAUCGCCUUGAGGUGAGGCACUAUGACCCCAACAACCCCCUACAGAAGUGGACAAUAGCAGGAUCAACAAUCCUUAACCCAGACACUGGUAAAGUGCUAGAUAUCGAUGGAGCUGAUACAGAACCAGACGCCAAGAUCAUCAUGUUUGACUAUGGCAACGCUACUAACCAGCACUGGCAGAUUGAAUACGCGCAAUUAUAAAGUAGAUCUCGGAAACAAUCUUGCCAGUGAAGACAACCAAGACAAUUCAACAAAGACAAACAAUGCAUGGUGAAGUUACAAUCAUUUAUGAUGAUGAAUGACCAUAUCAUGUUAAAAUCAUGAUAAAACAUUCUUGCUAUAGGCAAAUACAUGUUGAACUUUAAAUUUAAAAGUCAGAUUGACAUAUGAUGAUCUCUUUUACACAACAAUCAUUUAGCUUAUUUUAACUCAUACUACUCUUCAGUAAAGAUCACUUCAUUUAUCUAAAUAGUCUCAUAUCUCAUCAUAUUGAAACAUAUUUUCUUGGUGUUUGCUUACAACGUGCAUGUACUCCUCUAAUAAAUAUUAAAAUUCUUGAAGACAAGUGUUUGUUAUGACACCAGAAUAUAUGACAUUGGAAAAGUUAAGCUACAUGUUGCUAGAACUUGAACGUGAACGUGUAGAAUUAUUGUGGUCUAAAAGAAUGUGAAGCUAAACCUCUGCAUAUUUUUCAGUUACAUAUUUUGCGGAAGCAUAGGUAGUUAGAAAAUACACAAAAAAUGAAAGCUUUUUUCUUCAAAAAUCAUAUUUUCUGACUUUGGCUAAUUUGUUUAAUAAGCUGAUUCUCUUAAUGAAUGAGUUAAAAAAUUAAGGAUGACUUUUUUUUCAAAUUAUGACCAUAAAAU